AUCAAGUAGAUGUCACUUCCGCCCCUUUUAUUUGCGCCAUUUUGGAGGGCAGUUUCUAGUCUGGAUGUGUAUUGUCUGUCAGAGAAAAGAAUGGGCAAAGCGCUAUCGGCUGCCAGGCAAUCAUAGGCAGACUUUAGGCAAUAUAUUUGAAAGAGGGGCUCCGCCGGUGGUUGUUGCCAACAAUAGGACAUGUGUCCGCCCUUACUGUUCCAGGGAAUGGAGGUUUUAAUUGUCUAAUGAGGCUCGGAGGCUUUCUGUUCCCGUUUGCCGACCAGAGGGAAGAGGAGAGCCCUGUUCGGCGAGGGAGAGUCGGCUUUGGAGGGUAGACCGACGGCCGGGUGGGCUGGUUCUCCCCCCACGAAGAUAGUGGUCACCUGAAAGGAUAUUAACGUUACCGAGAUAUCUGCUGGGGAAAAGUGAGAGUGUCCAUACAUCGCCUCAGCCAUCCUGAGGUGACACAUUUCACUCAGACGGGAGCACUGGAUGUGAAAGCAGGUGGGCAGAAUGUUCCAGCUCCCUGUCAAUAACCUGGGCAGUCUACGGAAAGCGAGGAAAAAUGUCAAGAAGGUCCUGGGAGACAUCGGCUUGGAGUUCUGCAGAGAUCACCUAGAGGACUAUAAAGACUUUACUCCUCCAGAGGUGUAUAUAAAGCACACUACCUGGGACGAUGUGUGCAUGUGGGAACCAUCACAUACCAAAGUCCAGGACUACAGAUCAAAGCCUUUCUGCUGCUCUGGCUGCCUCUUUUCAUCCAAGUACUUCUCUGCAUACAAGAGCCAUUUCCGCAAUGUCCACAGCGAGGACUUUGAGAACAACAUUCUGCUCAACUGCCCCUACUGCACUUACAAUGGUAACAAAAAGACUCUGGAAACGCACAUCAAACUGUUCCACAUGCCCAACAGCACUGUGCGUCAGGGCCCUGGUGGAAUGGUGGCGGGAGCUGGCGGUAUCAUGAUGAAGGACGGGAUGCUGAAAAGGACUGGGGACAGUGUGGAACAAGCGGUGUACUACUGCAAGAAGUGCACCUACAGGGACCCUUUGUACAAUGUGGUGCGAAAGCACAUCUACCGGGAACACUUCCAGCAAGUGGCCCAGCCCUAUAUUGUGAAACCAGGAGACAAGACAAAUGCUCAGAAUGGUGGCACAGCAGGGAAUACAGAAAGUAAUAACACAAACAAUGUUAACAGUAACCAGAUUCACUGCAAGAAGUGUCUGUUUGUUCCGAGGUACUAUGAGGCACUUGUUCAACACGUCAUUGAGGAUCACGAGCGAAUUGGCUACCAGGUGACUGCCAUGAUUGGCCACACCAGUGUGAUAGUCCCCCGCCCCAAACCCAUCAUCAUGAUCCCCCCUAAAACCCAGGGAGACAAGACCAUCAUUGGGAUGGGCCCUAAAGGUGCAGUAAUGGCCACUACCAGGUCUCCGGGCUCACAACAGCUGGGUCGUGUUAUCAUCUCAUCAAAACAAGGCUUCAACUCUCAAAGCCUUCUGUCUGGAAUGAAACAUGAUGGAGUAAGGUUAAAGGCUGGGACCACCCAGCCGUUCUCUUUAGGCAGCCAGCAGGUGAGGGUUACUUUGCCUGGGAAUGCCCAGGUUUCUAUGCCCCAGCAGUCACAUGCAGCGAAGCAGCUUAUUUCUGGUGGCAGCCUGCGGAGUCCAGUUGUGGUCAAUGCCUCCUCUUCACUCAAAUCCAACCCUCUGGGCUCACGUGUCCAGGCGGCAGCUACUACUGUAGCCUCUGUCACGGCCAAGAAAAGCGGCUCCUCAGUCCUCGGCACAUCCUACACUCAGAAAUGGAAAAUCUGCACUAUCUGCAAUGAGCUCUUCCCUGAGAACGUGUACAGUUCUCAUUUUGAGAAGGAGCACAAAGCGGAGAAAGUGCCUGCUGUAGCCAACUACAUCAUGAAGAUCCACAACUUCACCAGCAAGUGUCUCUACUGCAACCGCUAUCUUCCCAGUGACACAUUAUUAAACCACAUGUUGAUCCACGGCCUGUCUUGCCCACACUGCCGUGCAACCUUCAACGACGUAGAAAAGAUGGUGGCUCACAUGCGGCUGUCGCACCCUGAUGAGAGCGUUGGCCCACGCACAGAUUCUCCCUUGACCUUUGACCUCACUCUGCAGCAGGGUAAUCCCAAGAAUGUUCAGUUGAUUGUCACUACUUACAACAUGAAAGACGCCCCUGAGGAGUCAGUGGCAUUUCACGCUCAAAACAACAACACCUCUGUAUCAUCAGCCUUGUCUGCCUCGCUACUGUCAGGCAAGAGAUUAAUGCCCCAGCACCUGCCCAAAACACCUUCAGGGGCUGCUGACAGUGCACCAACCAAGAGUGCUCCGCAGGCAUCUGUGCCCUACAAGAGGGAUGUGGGCAAGACACUGUGUCCUCUUUGCUUCUCUAUCCUCAAAGGCCCAAUCUCAGACUCACUGGCCCAUCACCUCAGAGAGAGGCAUCAGGUCAUUCAGACAGUCCACCCUGUAGAAAAGAAACUGACCUACAAGUGUAUUCACUGUUUGGGGGUUUAUACUAGUAACAUGACAGCCUCAACCAUCACUCUACACCUGGUGCACUGUCGAGGUGUAGGGAAAUCCCAAAAUGGGCAGGACAGCCGGGCAGCUCAUUCUUCUCGGGUCAGCCAGGCCCAGAGCAGCACUCUCAAACGGCCCAGCUUUGAUAGCUCUGACACUAGUGCACCAAAACGAAGGAAGCCCCCUGGGGAAAGGGCCCACCCACGGGACAGCAACGGUCCAUCUACGUAUGUAGAAAAUCCUGAUGAACCUGUAGUUCUGGCUCUUGACCCCAAAGGACACGAAAACGAGUCAUACGAAUCCAGGAAGGCAUUUCUUACGCAGUACUUUAAUAAAGCACCAUAUCCCACACGUGGGGAGGUUGAGAAACUGGCCGGCAGUCUUUGGUUGUGGAAGUCGGACAUCUCAAGCCACUUUGUCAACAAAAGGAGGAAAUGCGUCCAGGAAUGCGAAACCCAGAAUGCCAGCGUGUUGCUCGGGUUCAGUAUGCAGGAGCUCAGCAAAGUGAGUCACGAGCUGGCGCUUCCCCAUGAUGGCGUGUAUGAGGGCAGACAUAGCAAAAGGCGGACAUCCAGGACACGUAUAGGGGUGUCAGAGCAGGCUUUGCGGAGACAAAGGGAGCUUGUAGCUGCUAACGGUGGUGUUGCCCCGCCACAGAAGGGAAAGCCAACCGGGACUGCGGAAGUUACUAAAGCAGCACCACCUGCCCCCAAAUCCAGCAGUGCCAGCAGAGACCAAACCAAGACAAUCAACAGCACCUUACCACAGAAAAUACCUCUAGACCUUUCAGAGCCUAUCGCCAUCGACUCUGACAGUGAUGAGGAAGAGCAGCAGAAGGAUAACAAGGAACGAGAAGGAGAGGUACAUCACCAUGGUGACAAAGUGCUUACUGGAGCUAAGGAGACAACGGAGCCAAGGACAGGGGCCAAGAUUGUUUCGGAUCUAGACGAUAUGUCGGAUGAAGAUGAUGAUGAUGAUGACGACGACGACGAUGAUGAUGAUGACGACGAUGAUGAGGACGAAGAUGCACACGUAGAGAACGGCUUCGGGCCCACAGGAGGACAGGCUGCUAAAGGAAGAGACACUCUACCCAUCAUUAUUCCCAAGUUUGUACCAUCAUCUGCAAGAAGCGGGAGAGAUGGAGCCCAGCUGGGCAAACAGCAGGUCUGACUGAUGAAAUCAAAAAGACUCACACAGUCAGAGACACGUUAGAUUUGAUCAACGCCAACUAAUCUGCCUCGCCUGAACUGAAGGACACUGCCCGCUUACAUUGGGUGUCUGUGAAGGAGCGUCAAAGAAAGAACUCAAGUGAAAACUCAAAACAAGCCAUCCAAUGACUUUAAAGGCAGGACUCAACGAGCAGCUAGGAUUGAUGUAAAGAUUUGUGAACAAAGUUUCAAUGUUUCCUCCCCAUGCUGGAGGGGAGGUGCAAAGACAACAGUGAAGUCACACCAAACAAAGAAAGUUUUUGCCUUCUGUAUACUUUAUUACAAUGACAUAAGGAGUUAUUAACAUUGAUUUAGCCACUGAAAUUGUAAGCGUGGCUUGAAAUGAGUUGUAAGGUAACGCUUUUAAGAUGACCAGAUAAUCCAUCAUUUUUCAUGUGGUUAUACUGAGAUGAAUGGUGUAAAUUUGUACAGUCUUUUAGACAUGUUUGGACGGACAUUGCCGUACAUGUACUCUUAAAUAUUUGCUAUUACCCGUGUGUAAGGUAGCCUCAUAUGUUCUACAUUGGUAUGCUUAACGAUAGUUGUCGCUUUGGUGGCUGGUAUUUUCUCGUAUGUUUAAGUUUAUUUUUUAACAAAAACCUAGUUUUUUUGCAAAAUAAUAUAUCUAUAUAUAAACGAAAUAACAGAAUUGAUUUGUUUUUGCUUUAAACUUGAUUAGAUUUUAUUUUUUUAAUUUCCUUUUUCUGUUUCUUUUUUUCUGUUCUGAAAGGAUAGUGGCGCUGAGCUAUUCACAUUCUCUUACAGUUGAAAGGAGCAUUUCAUCAACCUUUUGCAGCCUUAUGCUCAUUAGCCUUGACUGUACUGUACUUGCUUUCUGUUUUCACGAUUUUAACUUGAUGUUUCUUUGCCCCACAAGACUGGACAGUGACCACCAUACUGACAUCUACAAAAUGAAAGCAAUUUUUUUUUUCUCAAAAAAAGAGAGUUGUGUUCAAUUUGUGUUCUUUGAAUUGUGUGUAUUUGUUUAUGUUUUCAUUUUUCACUUAAGCAUUUAUGAACAAUAAAGUGCUGUAAUUGUGCUUCUCACAGAACUGACGGCCAUGCCAGCUUCUUUGUUUAAAGGGAGGAACAGAGGGAUUGUGCACAAAAAUAAUCUUGCUGAUUGUUGAUGAACAGCAAUAGUUAGAAAAGCUUUGAAUGUCUUUUAUGUUUUAGAUCAUGAGGGUUGUAAAUCAGCUUUUGUCUAGACUUUCUCCUUAAACUUACUUCUUAAAACGGCAAUAUGUCUUUUAUGCUAAGACAUGUUCACAUUCAAAACUAAGCAGGGUUUCCAUGAUCAUGCACAACCUUGAAAAAUACAUGGAAUUCCACAAUCUCAUUUUUCAGGCAUGGAAAACUCAAGGAAUCUGUAAAAUUCUUAAAAGCUUUGGAAAAGUCAUGGAAUUUUGUUGUCUGUAAUGAAAUUAAUUAUUUUAGUAAUCUUCUGUGGAUAACCUUCCACAUAAUGUAACAUAACAGCAAAUUUGUUUUUCUGUAGCUGUUGUCGUGACAUAGCCCUAAUUUGUGUUGUUGUGUGACCUUUUUUUUUUUUUUACCAUCACAUACAGUUCUUUGUUUCUUUGUUCUGUCUCUACCUCCAUAAAUGCCAGCUACCUGGAAUUAUGUUUGAAAUGAGUUUGAAUCUGAUAUGUUUGAAUAACGCUGAGCGAGUCGGACAAGAAACAUUUUGUUGUGACAUAGUGAUUUAACAUGUAGGGUCAUCAGUCCCAAAGUUUCUAUAACUAUGCCCCACUAAUACUCUUAAAUUGUUCUGCAUUUUAGAGAUUGAGCAAGUAAUGCCGGCAGCCCAUGGCGUUCAAUCGUCAUUAGGAGUACCAGUGUGCACUUUGGUUUUUACUGCUCUGAAAGUAGAGCAUGGUAGUUCCAAGGUACGGAGCAGUCUUUUUUAUGAACAAAUCAACCAACAGGCCAACUGAACUGUCAGCUGUCACUCCCCCACUCUGAGAGCUCCACUGCUCUGUGUCCUCAGACCACAUUCAGAGUAAAGUACACGGUAUAUUUCUGUUGGUGUUAUACAUUGUAAAUAGUCAUAGAAAAUUUAUUAUGGGUCUUUGAAUAGUCAUGGCAGAGUUUAAAAAUGUUGCCCA